AUGGUGUUUAAAGUGACUGUCAGCAGCUUAAUUGUUGGAGUGAUUUUGCGUUAUGGCGUUCAUGUUCCUCGGGAUGGUGGCAACAUAACCUUGAAUUGCCAAGUCAAUGCCAGCCCUGCCACUCUGCUGGUCAAUGUAAGCGGCAAGUUCUACGAGUACACAUUGAAAGGGGAGAUCGGUGCCAGCGAAGUGAACGACGUGCGGGAUAAUGAGAUGCUGCGCAAGCAGCGUUUGGGAGUGAAUUUUGAUGUAUGUUCUCUGCGCCUCACAGUGACAGUCCUGGCCAUCUUUAAUGAGCUGCAGGUGGACGUGGAUCUCUACGCAUUACUGUUUGGAGAAAGCGUGCUUAACGAUGCCGUGGCCGUGGUUCUCUCCUCUGGAAUCGUCACUGCUCUCGUGACUAAAUUUACCAAGCUGCGAGACUUCCAGCUGUUGGAAACAGCUCUGUUCUUUCUCAUGUCAUGGAGCACAUUCUUGCUGGCUGAGGCUUGUGGUUUCACAGGUGUGGUAGCAGUACUCUUCUGUGGAAUCACUCAGGCCCAUUACACCUACAACAAUCUGUCUCCUGAGUCUCAGGACAGAACCAAACAGCUGUUUGAACUUUUAAAUUUCCUGGCGGAGAACUUCAUUUUCUCCUACAUGGGGUUGACCCUUUUCACGUUCCAAAACCACGUCUUCAAUCCGAUGUUCAUCGUUGGAGCUUUUGUAGCAUUAUUCAUAGGAAGAGCCGCUAACAUUUACCCUCUCUCCUUCCUUCUUAAUCUGGGACGACGCAACAAGAUCAGAUCCAACUUCCAGCACAUGAUGAUGUUUGCAGGCCUGCGAGGUGCAAUGACCUUUGCACUGUCCAUCAGGGACACUGCAACAUAUGCUCGUCAGAUGAUGUUUUCCACCACUCUGCUCGUGGUCUUCUUCACUGUAUGGAUUUGUGGGGGUGGUACGACUCAGAUGCUGUCCUGCCAGCGCAUACGUGUGGGAGUGGACUCGGAUCAAGAUAACUCUAUGAGUGUUGGUGACGGUUCAGAGAGAAGGAGCACCAAACAAGAAAGUGCCUGGCUUUUCAGAAUUUGGUACAACUUUGACCACAACUACCUGAAGCCCAUCCUGACUCACAGCGGCCCCCCUCUCACAGCCACGCUGCCUCCCUGCUGCGGCCCCCUCGCUCGCUUCCUCACCAGCCCUCAGGCCUUUGAGAAUGAAUGCCAGCUGAAGGAUGACGACUCUGACCUCAUCCUGAGAGACGGUGACAUCAACCUGACAUAUGGCGACAUCACAGUCAGUACAGACGCCAGUGGCGCCCACACUAGCGGCGGCCCGGCCUUCGCUGGCGCUGCCACCUCGGACGACUUGGACAGAGAGUUAGCAUACGGAGAUCACGAGCUGGUGAUGAGAGGCACGCGCCUGGUGCUGCCCAUGGACGACUCGGAGCCGCCCUUCACAGAGCCCCACCACCGCAUGCGGAUGUGAAAGUAGUCUUUGAAUACAGACCCAGACAACCGUCCGACGCACCCCGACCCGAGCCAUUGAGCAAAAGACCAGUACCUGAGUCUCCUCCUAUCACCUCUCUCUGCUUUUUCCCCCUUUUCUCCAGCACUUUUGUUCCAUCCUUCUUGCCACAUUUUCAAAUCAUCGUCUCUACCUCAUUGUCUUUCUGCUUAUUUCCACACCUUUCUGCCAUUACUGUAAUAUAGUCAUAUUUAUUUGCAGUUUUUUUCUUCAUAAAUCAGUUUUAAAUCAUUUCAGCUUAAAUUUCUGUGUCACCUUACUGUAGCAUUGCACAGAGAUCUAGCAGCAUGUGUCAGUGUGUAAAUGCAACCACUAGCUAACUUGUCGGUGUAAAGUAUAUCCCAAGAGUACUAUAACUUUUAUAUGCAUGCUGAGGAUGCUAGUUGUUUUCUUAGUUUGGGAGAUUGAGGGCUUUUGUGUUGAAUGUUGCUGCCUUCUCUCUGUGGGUCAGAGGCAAGCUGACCCAGUGGACAACGUUACUGUAAAUUUGGUUACAAUCAAGUGCCUGGGAAUUGUAGUUUUUGGCAGCCCAGUACUGGAUUAGUUCUGUUAAGCAGAGCUGAUUCAUUAUGGUCAGUCAUUCACUUUUCCAUUGUUAAAAAAAAAAAGAUGAUAAAAUGCUCAACAUAAAACAAAGACCUCUGUCCAUAAGGUAGCAAUAUACUUAGCGCGUGUUUGGGCUGUCAGUCUGUGUGCUAUUUGCUUGUAAAUAGUGUGUAACAAUGUGAUGCCAGCGUUGCAGCGUAACCAGGCAGUGAACAUGUGGAUCUCUCCCAAUGACCUUUGACUGUGACAUAGAGGGAGACUUUACACCUUAUUUUAGAGGCUGCUGUCGUUCACGGCAGGACGAAGGGCUGUUGUUUCGAGAUCCAAAUGAGACGAGGCGAGAACGCUUAGUGCCAUUUCUGUCCUGCAUUUUUACAUUUGAUGAAAUCUGAAUGCAGAUGACCUUAAAGUGUUUUGUAUUCUUUUUGCAACAGAGGUUUGUGAGCUGAAUCACAUUUUUCAUAUCCAUUUUCUAGUCUAUAUUUUCUCAUUCAGUGAACCUGAACGACACAUCUAGAUGCAUGAAUCUGAGACUAAAUUAUCCGCUACAGUGGUAUUAAGAGCGUACAACUGAUAUUGUGCUUCAUGAGAACUGUCUAUCUGCUUUUGGUAGGGCUGCAAACAGCGAUUCAUUCAUCUGCCAACAGUUGUUUAAUAAAUUAUUUGGUGUAAAAAAAAAUGAGAGUAGUGAACAAUGCGCAUCAGAGUUGCACAGACCUUAAAGAGUGUUUCAGGUAAAAAAAAUAUGAUUUAGGCAAAUUUUUAAAAAAAUUAUUAUUUUAUCCAUGAAGAUCAAUGUGAUGUGAGUUGCCCAUUUUUUUGAAUAAUACGCCGUAAAGAUUAAAGAUAUCUGCCUUCUGUCAAAUAUAACCAAACACAAUUCUAGUCUUGUGGUGUCCAAAACGUCCAGAAACACAGAAAUGCUACUUUUGACAUCAUUACUUGAAAUUAAAUCUACAAACUUUCUUUGAGCUGUUUAAUUUAGGAUCUAUUUUAAUUAAACUACAGAAAGAGACGUGCUGCCGAGUUUUGAGCAGUUUAGUUUCAUUAUAUUAGAGAGAAGGUGCACCUCUCUAAAUCUGGGCUACUGACGCCCCAAAAAGUCGAGGUGUCACUACAAGCCAGAAGAAAAACUAUAAUUAUUUGAUUUUUUUUGGACAAAUUACAUCUUUAUACUAUAUACUUUAUACUUUCAUUGUUUUGUUUUGUUUUUGUCUGAUCAUCUGAUUAAAAAUGUAACGCAAGUAGAUAGCAUUACCUUUGUUCAACAGCAUGACUUAGAUCAUUCAUUUGGUAUUAAAAUGAAUGCGGUGCAAUUAUUUUAUUUGCUGGCAGAACAGUUAAUCAAUCAACCGUUUGCAGCUGUGAAUUUAUCGAUUGUGUUGUACGAAAUUAUUUUCAAAAGACAAGCCCACAGGAUUAAUCAGUCCGUCCACGUGUCAGCAGAUAUUUUCAGUGGUACUGUGGUAGUUUGUUAUUAUGCAGACUGCCAGAACAGAGCAACAAUAGCUGUUUAAAUGCUGGAUGUUUCUGUCUGCUGUAGAGUUUUUGAUGUCUAAUGGUCGACCAUGAACACAGAGGCACAUAAAGAGAAACGGCCGGAUGUGUUACAUUUGACUUUGUAGCCUUGUGUCAGUGUUCGCUGUUGGGACUAUUUCAGUGCGUGGACAAGAAGAACGGAACGUGUCGUCAGCUCCUACAGCAGCUGUUAAUGUGAGUUUAACAGGAAGUGUUGAUAGCACGUCACCGCGGCAACACUGUGUUGAUGCAGACCGAAGCUAGACAACAUUUGGUGACUUGAAGCAAUCAUGGCGGUUUUUCUUUUUCUUUUCUUUUUUUUUCUCAAAGUUGUUGUUUUGGCCUCCUAGUGACCCAAAGAGAAAAAAAUACUGUGUGUAUGCAAAAUGGAUGUUUGAGGAAGAUGAUGUGGUUAAAGAGGGAGAAGAAGGGGGUGACUGGGGGGCUUGUUAGGCUCUUGUUGUUGAGCGUUCAUGUGUUGGGAUGAUACGGAGGUACAAGGAAGAGAAGGCAUGCUAGAUAUCGCUUUUCCUUCCACAGUUAUCUUCUGCUGUGCAGGAACUUCUUAUUUCUUCUUUUUUUUUAUCAGUUAUGUCUCUAAACUCCACGUUUUCUAAUAUAUGAUUUGUUGAUCUCGCUGUUGUGUUUUCUUUUUUAUAUGUGUAAGUGUGUUUCUGAAUAUUUUGUUUCUGAAAAAGGGACACAGUGAAGAAAAAUGAAUGAUUUGCACUUAUUACAAAUGUUGCGCUGUUUUAUUCUGGGUUUUUUUUCUACUCUUGUUUUUAUCUUAGUUACUUUUAUAUUACUUACACUGAAAGGUUGUCGGAUUUGCAAAUCCAUGUCAGAGAAUUCAUCUUAAGUUGUUUUAUGCGCUACUUUAUGAAGGAAUAUUCCCACAUUGCUCCACCUUAUCGCUUCGCCAUUCAGGUACUCUGUGUGUAAGUUGCUGCUUGAAUGCCGUUGCCAUGACUUCUGCACAGGCAUGAUUCAUGUAUCCUCUGCUGCGAUGGACUCUUUGGCGUAGUGGGAACCAAAAGUGAAAAGUAAAAAGUUAUACAAGGAAUAUUGUGAUCCACUAUUGUUCUUUGAGACAUUAAAAGAUGUGAAAUCUGCAAAAAGUAAAAGAGGUUUUGGUGUUUUCCUCCUGCUCUGCCAGUACGUGUUCUGUCUCUGCUCUCUGAAUGGUGGCCUGUGAUAUGCUUUGAUCAUUGGAAAUCUUGUCUGAAGUAGCUGACCAAAGAAGCCUGCUGUGCUCCGUGUUCUCAGACAGUCCACUCUAUCUUUAUACCGCAAACUCUCUGUGUGUGUGUGAAUGUGUGUGUGUGUGUGUGUGUGUGUGUGUGUCACUGCCUGCAUGUGGAUGAGGAUUUGAAUGUGCACGAGAGAGAGACAGGAGAGAGACAUUGUGAUCUCUCCUGUCUGUGUUGCAGGUACUGACUGUUUACAUCUGUGUAAAUAUACUCUCACCUGUUCAUUUGCGUGCAACGGUCAAUAAACAGAAGCCUGUGCUUUUGAUUAAA